UAUCUAGACCUAAAGUAUUUGCUUUGGGGUCAAUAUCUGAAAUAUCCAGUGUAAAUAAAUUAUAUCCUGCUAAAAUUUAACUGUUGGACAACUGUAGUCUGUCAUACCGAUAUGCAUUCGGUUUUAUGUUGAAAUUUAAGAGAAAUCACACCACUCUGAAUUGAGUGCGCGGUUCACCGGGUACUCCGACGGCCAUCGUUGGAUGACGGACAGGCGGACUGGCUGUGCAGCAUAGUAUUGGAAUCCUGCAGCCAUGAAUGUGGAGCCGACUACUCCUGACGCUGACCAGCUGACUGCCAACACGGCCUUUGUGGCCAUUGAUAAAGGACUGCUGUCGGGGAAAGUCAGUGAGCAGGUGGAGGCCAUCGUCAAAUUUCCAUCGCUGUUCGACAGACACCCGUUCCCGCUGCUCAUCAACUCGUCCAUGCUCAAGCUAGCCGAUGUGUUCCGUGUUGGGUCCAACUUCACCCGGCUCUGUAUACUGCGGGUCUGCCAGCAGAGCGAGCGGCACCUGGACAAAAUCCUCAACGUAGACGAGGUGGUGCGCCGCAUCUUCUCGGUCAUCCACUCCAACGACCCGGUGGCGCGCGGUCUGGCGCUCAGCACGCUCGGCAGUCUGAGCGCCAUCAUCCCGCAGAGGAAGCAGGUGCACCACAGCAUCCGCCAGUCGCUGGACGCCCGAGACCCGGCCGAGCUGGAGGCGGGCAUCCUGGCGGCCGGCCGGUUCGCGGCCGUCUCCAAGACGUUCGCCACUAAUAUUUCGGAGCGUGUCUCGGAGAUGGUGCAGAGCGUCACCACGCCGGUGGACACCAAGCUGAAGCUGCUCAACAUCCUGCAGCACAUGCACCACGACACGCAGACGGCGGCCACGGUGCGUCAGCUGUGCGUUCGCCUGCUGCCCAGCUUUCCUUCGGAGCAGUUCGUCACCACCACGCUGCGGGUACUGACCAAGCUGGCGGCCGAGACUCUGGUCGACAUCCCCGAGCAGGUGGAGCUGCUGCUGGGCUACCUGACGGGCGACGUGCGGCGCGCCGUCAAGGCGGCCGUGCUCUCCGAGCUGCUGCAGCUGUCGCGCCGCGCCGCGCCGCUCUGGUCGCCGGCCAACCACGGCGCGCUGAUCCGGUUCGCGGCCGAGACGCGGCGCACGGCCGAGAAGGCGGCCGCGCUGGCCGUGCUCGUGGAGCUGGCGCGCUCAGUGUCCGUGCGCCAGUUCGACCUGGCGCCGGACGGGCCGCUGAUGCGGCUCUGCCAGGCGGAGGCGUACCACGAGGAGGCGGCGGUGGCCGGCAGCGCCGUGCAGCUGCUCACCGCGCUGGCCGUCCACUGCCAGGAGCGCGGCGUGCGGCCGGACGUGACCGGGUCGGCGGUGGCCGCCUGCGACUCGCUGCUGCUGCUGCUGACCUCAGCCGGCGGCGCCGAGGGCGGCCGCCGGCUGCGCGCGCCGCUCCGCUGCGCCGUCUCGCUGGCCAGUGACGACGCCACGGCCGCCCUGCUGCUGGAGUCUGUGGGCGGCCUGGCGCGCGCGGCGCCGGCCGGCCCGGCGCGGCGCGCCCUGCUGGAGGCUCUCUGCGCCGUCGGCAGCCAGCGGCCGCACGUGCUGGCGCCGCUGGCCUCUGACGUGCUGGCCCUGCUGGAGGCGCCCGACACAGACGGCGACACCACGGUACAGCUGUGCACGCUGCUGCUGCAGUUGCGCGGCGGCAGCGCCGUCUGGCCCGACUCGGAGCAGCGUGCGCUGGCCGCUGCCGCCGUCCGAGUCUCGCACUGGCAGGCCUAUAAAAUCGCCCGCCAGGCCAUGAGGUACGGCCACCACGGCGCGGCCUCCCGGCUGCUGGGGCCGCUGCUGGCGCACGUCUCCACCGAACAGAUGCAGUUCUGGCUGAGCGCGCUGCUCGAGAUCAGCGAGGCCGAGGCGCUGCUGGCGGCGCCGCCGGCCGACCGAGACAUGAGCGUGCUCUCAGAGGCCUCCCAGAGAUACGCCCGAGGGCUGGCCACGCUCAGGGCCUCCACCUCGCCGACGGAGCAGCUCGAGUUUCCCGUCGAGUUCUGCCGCCUGCGGUGGCGCAGCCUGCAGGCUCACAUCCGCCUGUGGUCCGCGUGCCGCACACUGCAGACCUCGCCUCCGCCGGCGUGCGUGGCCAACGCUGGCGCGGCCGGCGCGCGCGACGACUCGCAGCGGAGCGGCCGCGUCACUGCUCAGCUGCAGAAGUCGGGCGCCGAGUUCUCCAGCCUGGCCGACGACUACGGCCGGCUGCACCGCGCCUCGUUCGACGCCGACCCCGACUCGCUGGCGGGGGUGGAGCGGCUGCAGCGCUGCUGCCACCUGGUGGCACAGGCCGUCGGCUGGGCCGUGCGGCGCACCAGCCCCGAGACGGUCAGUGCCGCCGCCUGCCCGGCCGGACCGGCGGCCGCCGCUCACCCCGCCGAGGAGGCGUGCGCGCGCGCGGCGGCCGUGGUGGCGCGCGCGCACCAGCUGAGCGGCGCGGCGCGCGGCGUCGACCACCGGCACACGGCGGCGCUGCUGGCCGUCAGCCGACUGCUGACGGCCGCGCCGCUCCGGCUGCCGCGCCGCUUCUUCCAGACGCUGCAGAGGACGGUCAUCUCGCUGUCGGUGCAGCCUCAGCCGCGCUCGGCCUCUGAGCCGGUGAUCGCGCACCCCAUCACCAGCCAGCUGGUGGUGAAGAUUGACGGCGUAGUGGGCCACGGCCGGCGCGGCGCCGUCUUCCGCUCCAUCGCCCAGGUGCAGCUGCGGGUGACGGCCGCGCUGCAGGGCAAGCCGCCGGCCGACUCCAAGGCCCAGGACACGACCAUCGCCAUGAGCCGGACAGUGGAGCCGCACAACGACUACUUCCACGGCCAGUUCCUGCUCGACCUGCGCCUGCCCGGGAUCCACGUGGUGACGGUGGACGCCCACAUUGUGGAUGCGGACGGGAUCCAGUGGUUGACGUCAUCGACCGAGCAGCUGACGGUUCGCGCCAUCGACGAGACGCAGCAGUCGCGACCGUCACGCGCCAACUCGACGCAGCCGCACUGAGCGCCGAGCCGGCCGGAGAACGUCCGGCGCGCGACACCCGCCUCCCAACGGUCCGGCCACGCACACGUGCGAGCGUCGAUUGCAUUGUUCCUCGGCGGUCGCUCUCCCUGAUGGGAGUGCCGUCAGUGGGCCACAGCGACGACUCGGAACGGUAUUUCGCGGCUAGUUGACGGCGAAUAGACGCCCC